GCAAGACUACUUGGAUCUUAAUAUUUAGAAAAGUAAACUAAACAUUAUUCAUCGAAAAAAAAUACAAGCAACACGUUAAAAAGCCGGAAAAUAUCGUAAAUUAUGGCGGACGCAGCAGCUCGCCAGCUUCAAUAUGAAUAUAAAGCUAAUUCCAAUUUGGUUUUGCAAGCUGAUAUUCGACUUAUUGAUAAGCCACGAAGAGAUGAAGCGACCGGUGAAGUCCUUUCAUUAGUCGGAAAACUCGAAGGUACAAAAAUGGGCGAUCGUUCACUUCGCUCUAAACCAGAAAAGGCCGAAGAGAGAAAAAUCAAACGUCAAAAACGUGACGAGGCUCAAUAUGACUUUAACAGCAUGCGAGGAGCAACAUUAUUAUCAGAAGGAAUUGAUGAGAUGGUUGGAAUUGUUUAUCGUCCAAAAACUCAAGACACACGACAAACAUACGAAGUCCUUUUGAGUUUUAUACAAGAAGCUUUGGGUGAUCAACCAAGAGACAUUUUGUGCGGUGCUGCAGAUGAAAUUCUCGCAGUCCUUAAAAAUGAUAAGUUAAAAGACAGAGAUCGGAAACGAGAGAUUGAUGGAUUGCUUGGAGCAGUAACUGAUGAACGAUUUGCAUUGCUAGUGAAUCUCGGAAAGAAAAUUACUGACUUCGGAAGUGAAAGCUUAUCUCUUGGUAUCGGCAAUGAAGAACAAAUUGAUGAAACGUAUGGAAUUAAUGUUCAAUUUGAAGAAUCAGAAGAUGAGAGUGUUGAAGAUGAUUAUGGAGAAGUGAGAGAUGAAGGUGAUCAAGAUGAAGGCGAAGAAGCCAGAAUUGAUGGAAUUAUUCAUUCAGAUGCAAAGUUAGGUGGAUCAGAGGAUAAGAAGGAGAAAGCUUUACAUCCAUUGGAUAUCGACGCUUAUUGGCUUCAACGUCGUUUGAGAGAUUACUUUCAAGAUCCUUUAAUUUCUCAAGCUAAAGCUGAUGAAGUGUUAAGCAUUUUGAAAGAUUCCACUGACGAUCGUGAUUGUGAAAAUCAAAUGGUGUUACUUUUAGGCUACGAUUGCUUUGACUUCAUCAAAAUUCUGAAGAAAAAUCGACAAAUGAUUUUGUAUUGCACACUCUUGGCAAAGUCACAAUCAGAAGCUGAACGUCAAGAGAUUCGCUCACAUUUAAUGGCAAAUAAGAAAUGUCAACUUCCCGAUGGUUCAUUCCGUAAGCAGCGUAAAGGAUACGAAGAAGUUCAUGUCCCAGCAUUGAAACCAAAACCAUUUGACGACGAGGAAAAGCUCAUUCCGAUUGAAAAGCUUCCAAAAUAUGUUCAGCCAGUCUUUCAAGGCUUCAAAACUUUAAAUCGAAUUCAAAGUCGUUUAUGGAAAGCUGCAUUGGAGUCAGAUGAAAACAUGUUGUUGUGCGCUCCAACUGGCGCUGGUAAGACAAACGUCGCUUUGCUUGCAAUGAUGCGUGAAAUCGGUAAACACAUCAAUGACGAUGGGACAAUAAAUGCCGAUGAAUUUAAAAUUAUUUACAUCGCACCGAUGCGUUCGCUUGUUCAGGAAAUGGUUGGAAAUUUCGGUAAACGUUUAGCUUCAUACAACAUAACAGUUUCGGAGUUGACUGGUGAUCAUCAAUUGAGUCGUGAACAAAUUGCUGCUACACAAAUUAUUGUUUGCACACCUGAAAAGUGGGACAUCAUCACAAGAAAAGGCGGCGAGAAAACUUACACACAACUCGUUCGUUUGGUGAUUAUUGAUGAGAUUCAUUUGCUUCAUGAUGAACGUGGACCGAUUCUUGAAAGUAUCGUCGCAAGAACAAUUCGUAAUAUUGAAACGACACAAGAAGACGUUCGACUUGUUGGCUUAUCAGCUACUUUACCAAACUAUCAAGAUGUCGCAACAUUUCUCCGAGUGAAACAAGACAAAGGACUUUUCUAUUUCGAUAACAGUUUCCGUCCAGUUGCACUUCAACAACAAUACAUUGGAGUGACUGAAAAGAAAGCUGUCAAACGUUUUCAAAUCAUGUCAAUGAUUGUUUACGAAAAGAUAAUGGAAAAAGCUGGACGACAUCAAGUUUUGGUGUUUGUUCACUCGAGAAAGGAAACUGGAAAGACUGCGAGAGCGAUCAGAGAUAUUUGUCUUGAAAAAGAUACUUUGGGAAGCUUUUUACAUGAAGGCUCUGCAAGUAUGGAAGUUUUACGUCAAGAAGCUGAACAAGUCAAGAAUUCUGAACUGAAAGAUCUUCUUCCUUACGGAUUUGCAAUCCAUCAUGCUGGAAUGAAUCGAAUUGACAGAACACUCGUUGAAGAUUUGUUUGCUGACAAACAUAUUCAAGUUCUUGUUUCAACAGCAACAUUAGCUUGGGGUGUUAACUUGCCAGCUCACACUGUCAUCAUUAAAGGUACGCAAGUUUAUAAUCCUGAAAAAGGACGCUGGACAGAACUCGGCGCUCUUGACGUUCUUCAAAUGUUGGGACGUGCUGGAAGACCACAAUUUGACACGAAAGGCGAAGGAAUUUUAAUCACAAAUCAUGCGGCAGUUCAUUUGGAUCGAAGUGGACUCUUGAAAUAUGACAGAAAAUCGGGUCAUUUCCAAGUCACAGAACUUGGACGAAUUGCUUCCCAUUAUUAUUGUACAUUUGAGACAAUGCAGGUGUACAAUCAAUUGCUGAAGCCAACAUUAACAGAAAUUGAACUUUUCCGCGUGUUUUCAUUGAGUGGUGAAUUUAAAAACAUUACAGUUCGAGAAGAAGAGAAAUUGGAAUUGCAGAAGUUGAUGGAACGAGUUCCGAUUCCGAUCAAGGAAAGCAUGGAAGAACCAAGCGCUAAAGUAAAUGUUCUCCUUCAAGCUUACAUUUCACAAUUGAAAUUGGAUGGAUUUGCUUUAAUUUCUGACAUGGUUUACGUGACACAAUCUGCUGCUCGUUUACUUCGUGCUAUUUUUGAAAUUGUUUUGCAUCGUGGAUGGGCACAACUUGCUGAUAAAUGUCUUGUGCUUUGUAAGAUGAUUGAUCGUCGAAUGUGGCAAUCAAUGUCACCAUUGAGACAGUUCCGCAAAAUGCCAGAAGAGAUUGUAAAGAAAAUUGAAAAGAAAAACUUUCCUUGGGAACGUUUGUAUGAUUUGGAGCCAAAUGAAAUUGGCGAAUUGAUUCGUGUACCGAAACUUGGAAAAACAAUUCAUAAAUUUAUCCAUCAGUUCCCUAAAUUGGAAUUGUCGACGCAUAUUCAACCGAUAACACGAUCAACAUUGCGAGUUGAGUUGACAAUUACGCCAGAUUUCAUUUGGGAUGAGAAGAUUCAUGGACAAUCGGAAGCGUUUUGGAUUCUUGUCGAAGAUGUCGACUCGGAAGUGAUUCUUCAUCAUGAAUAUUUCUUAUUGAAAGCAAAAUAUGCAACAGAUGAACAUCUUGUGAAGUUCUUUGUUCCUGUUUUUGAGCCAUUGCCACCACAAUAUUUCCUUCGUGUUGUAUCUGAUCGAUGGAUUGCAUCAGAGACUCAACUUCCAGUUAGUUUCCGUCAUUUGAUUCUACCAGAAAAGAAUAUUCCACCAACAGAAUUACUCGAUCUUCAACCACUUCCCAUCACAGCUUUGAGAAAUCCAAAGUUUGAAUCACUUUACAAAUUUCCACAAUUUAAUCCAAUUCAAACUCAAAUCUUCAAUGCUGUUUACAAUAGUGAAGACAAUGUUUUUAUUGGAGCACCGACAGCAUCUGGAAAGACGACAAUUGCUGAGUUUGCCAUUCUUCGUUUGUUUCAACAUAAUUCUGAAGGUCGUUGCGUUUAUUUAGUGUCAAAUGAAGCGAUCGCUGAUUUGAUGUUCAUUGAAUGGCACAAUAAAUUUGGACAAAUGUUGGGCUUGCGUGUUGUGAAGUUAACUGGUGAAACUGGAACUGAUUUGAAGCUUUUAGCAAAAGGACAAAUCAUUGUAACGACAGCUGACAAAUGGGAUGUGUUAUCACGUCGUUGGAAACAAAGGAAAAAUGUUCAAAACGUGAAUUUGUUCAUUGUUGAUGAACUUCAUUUGAUUGGCGGUGAAGAUGGACCAGUUUUAGAAGUCGUCUGUUCCCGCAUGCGUUACAUCAGUUCACAAAUUGAGAAGCAAAUAAGAAUCGUUGCAAUGUCAGCUUCAUUAAUGGAUGCAAAAGAUGUCGCUCAAUGGCUUGGAUGUGCUGCAAAUGCAACAUUCAACUUUCAUCCAAGUGUACGUCCAAUCCCAUUGGAACUUCAUGUGCAAGGCUUCAAUAUUACUCACAAUGCAACGAGAAUUGCAGCAAUGUCAAAGCCGGUUUACAAUGCAAUUGUCAAGCAUAGUCCUCAUAAACCGGUUAUCGUGUUUGUGACCUCACGGAAAUUAGCACAUUUAACAGCAAUUGACAUUGUAACUUAUUGCGCUGCUGAAGGUCAACCUUCGCGCUUUUUCCAUGCUGAAGAAGACGACAUUAAGCCAUUCUUAGAUCGAAUGACUGAUAAAACAUUAAAAGAAACUCUUUCACAAGGUGUGGCAUUUAUUCACGAAGGUUUAACACAAUCAGAUCAUCGUUUAGUUGAACAACUUUUCGAUUCGGGAGCGAUUCAAAUUGCUGUUGUCACAAGAGAUUUAUGUUGGGGUUUGAAUAUUUCUGCUUAUCUUGUUGUCAUCAUGGAUACGCAAUUCUAUAAUGGCAAGACGCAUUCUUAUGACGAUUAUCCAAUAACAGAUGUCAUUCAAAUGAUUGGACGUGCGAAUCGUCCACUUGAUGACAACGAUGCAAAAUGUGUGCUGAUGUGUCAGAAUUCAAAGAAAGAUUUCUUCAAAAAAUUCUUGAAUGAACCGUUGCCAGUUGAGAGUCAUUUGGAUCAUCGUCUUCAUGAUCAUUUCAAUGCAGAAAUCGUCACAAAGACAAUUGAAAACAAACAAGAUGCAGUCGAUUACUUAACAUGGACUUUUGUUUAUCGUCGUCUUACACAAAAUCCAAAUUAUUAUAAUUUGCAAGGCGUUUCACAUCGUGACUUGGAGCAAUCAAAAUGUAUUAGCGUUGAGGAUGACAUGGAUACGCUUGCUUUAAAUUUGGGAAUGAUUGCUGCAUAUUACUACAUCAAUUAUACGACAAUUGAAUUGUUUAGUUUGUCAUUGAACAACAAAACAAAGAUUCGUGGCUUGCUCGAAAUCAUUUCAUCUGCAACUGAGUAUGAAGAUGUUGUCGUUCGUCAUCGUGAAGAUAAUGUUUUGAAAGCUUUGGCUUCAAGGCUUCCAAACAAAUUGACUGGUCCAAAUGGAUCGUCACCGAAGGACAACGAUCCACAUAUUAAGACUAAUCUUCUUCUUCAAGCUCAUUUAUCACGUAUUCAGUUAAGUGCUGAACUUCAAAGUGACACUGAAAUUAUUCUUGGCAAAGCUAUACGUUUGAUUCAAGCUUGUGUUGAUGUCUUGUCAUCGAAUGGUUGGCUUUCACCUGCUGUUGCUGCUAUGGAACUGGCGCAAAUGGUCACACAAGCAAUGUGGAGUAAAGAUUCAUAUCUGAAGCAACUUCCACAUUUCAGUAGCGAGAUAAUCAAACGAUGUCAAGAGAAGAACAUUGAAUCUGUCUUCGACAUCAUGGAACUUGAAGAUGAAGAUCGAACAACUCUAUUGCAAUUGAACGAUCAGCAAAUGGCUGAUGUUGCAAGAUUCUGUAAUCGUUAUCCGAACAUUGAAAUGAAUUUUGAUGUGUUGGAUCAAGAUAAGAUCCACUCUGGAUCAAGUGUUAAUGUCGUAGUUCAAUUAGAGCGUGAGGAUGAAGUUACUGGGCCCGUCAUUGCACCACUCUUCCCUCAAAAACGCGAAGAAGGCUGGUGGGUGGUCAUCGGUGAUCCCAAGACGAAUUCAUUGCUGUCCAUCAAACGUUUGACACUCCAACAAAAAGCGAAAGUUAAACUUGAUUUUGUAGCGCCAAGUCCUGGAACAUACGAGUACACUUUGUACUUUAUGAGUGAUUGUUUCAUGGGAUGUGAUCAAGAAUAUAAAUUUAACAUCAAUGUUGGCGAUUAUCAGUCGGAAGAAGAAUCAGCUAAGCAAUCGAAAUGUAUUAGCGUUGAGGAUGACAUGGAUACGCUUGCUUUAAAUUUGGGAAUGAUUGCUGCAUAUUACUACAUCAAUUAUACGACAAUUGAAUUGUUUAGUUUGUCAUUGAACAACAAAACAAAGAUUCGUGGCUUGCUCGAAAUCAUUUCAUCUGCAACUGAGUAUGAAGAUGUUGUCGUUCGUCAUCGUGAAGAUAAUGUUUUGAAAGCUUUGGCUUCAAGGCUUCCAAACAAAUUGACUGGUCCAAAUGGAUCGUCACCGAAGUACAACGAUCCACAUAUUAAGACUAAUCUUCUUCUUCAAGCUCAUUUAUCACGUAUUCAGUUAAGUGCUGAACUUCAAAGUGACACUGAAAUUAUUCUUGGCAAAGCUAUACGUUUGAUUCAAGCUUGUGUUGAUGUCUUGUCAUCGAAUGGUUGGCUUUCACCUGCUGUUGCUGCUAUGGAACUGGCGCAAAUGGUCACACAAGCAAUGUGGAGUAAAGAUUCAUAUCUGAAGCAACUUCCACAUUUCAGUAGCGAGAUAAUCAAACGAUGUCAAGAGAAGAACAUUGAAUCUGUCUUCGACAUCAUGGAACUUGAAGAUGAAGAUCGAACAACUCUAUUGCAAUUGAACGAUCAGCAAAUGGCUGAUGUUGCAAGAUUCUGUAAUCGUUAUCCGAACAUUGAAAUGAAUUUUGAUGUGUUGGAUCAAGAUAAGAUCCACUCUGGAUCAAGUGUCAAUGUCGUAGUUCAAUUAGAGCGUGAAGAUGAAGUUACUGGGCCCGUCAUUGCACCACUUUUCCCUCAAAAACGCGAAGAAGGCUGGUGGGUGGUCAUCGGUGAUCCCAAGACGAAUUCAUUGCUGUCCAUCAAACGUUUGACUCUCCAACAAAAAGCGAAAGUUAAACUUGAUUUUGUAGCGCCAAGUCCUGGAACAUACGAGUACACUUUGUACUUUAUGAGUGAUUGUUUCAUGGGAUGUGAUCAAGAAUAUAAAUUUAACAUCAAUGUUGGCGAUUAUCAGUCGGAAGAAGAAUCAGCUAGUGACUCAGAUUAA